AUGUCGACCUUUCAAUCUAAUAUAACUCCACCACCUCAAUCUAAAAGAAAAUAUAUUGAAGAUGAUGAUUAUAUACUGUAUGAAGAACCAAUCAAUCAAAAAGAGCAACAUGAAAUAUUAAAAAAAAAUCUCAAAGAUGAAAUUAAUCAUAAUCCAGAAUGGCCACAAUUUAUACAUCCAGAAGGUGGAGUCAUAAAAAUAACUCCCUGGGGAUCAUUAAGACAAUAUAAAGAUUUGAAGACAGGAGAAGUAUUAACUAAAUUUGAAGAUUUCUCGUUUGAUGAUUUUAAUAAAUCAAUAUAUGAAUCAGAAAAAUAUGAAAAAAUAUAUAAAUAUACUCCAGAUACUCCGAUGUCAAUUAAAAAUCAAAAUAAAGAUAUUUAUUAUAGUCCUAGUACUGAGGCUGAAAGUUAUGUAAUUGAUGGAUAUAGAAAUAAUGUUGAAUUUCAACAAGAACAUGAGAAUUAUUUCGGUAUGAAUGAAUAUCAAGAAGAGUUUGAUAUUAGUACUUAUCAGAAUGAAGAUGAAGAUGAAAAUGAAGAUAAAGAUGAUGAUGAUGAAAUGAAUUAA